AUGUCCAACCUCCCUGAUCUCGAUAACCUCCAGGUGCCACUGGACCUUCCUUUUCCUGCUGCCACAAAACAGGUCGCUGGAGUGGUAAAUGGCAUAAAAACAGACGUGACGUGCAUCCAAUUUAGCGACAAAAUCCUGGUCACCGUAUCUCAAAACGGCCGACUUGGGCAUUGGCUGCAUGUACCGCUGGAGAAUAAAAACCCUGGGGAACAGGGUUUCCAUACAUUUUCUGAACCAGCUGAUGAUGAUCUUCUUCCAAUGAGUCGCUUGAUGGCCACCUCGCUGCUUGGGGGUCGAGCUCCUGGACAUGAAACAGUUGGUCAGCUCUACGCACGCCAGAUUGCAAGUGCUAUUGCAACAAAAACACCUGACGAGAAGCGAUUGCUUGUCGUCGGUCUUGGACUCGAAAGUGCAGAGGCGGACCGUGAGGUCUUUUUCGCCAUCAUCGAUCUUGUACUUCAAUGCAUCUGA